AUGGUUUACCUCCUCUACAGCAUCAUCUUCCUCACCCUCUUCUCCGGCACCGCCCUGUACGCCACUCGCGCCCACUGGCUCCCCGCCUUCCAGGAUCUCGCCUCUGGCCUGCGCGACUCCCUCCCGACCCUCGGCUCCGGCUUCGGCUCCGGCGCCUACUCGCGCCUGUCGUCCUCGUUCCGGGGGGACAUGGAGGCGGGCCUGUCGAGCAGCAACUUCGACCUGGGCGCCAACGUCGAGUCGGGCGACUCGCGCGGCGGGCUCGACGCAGCCGCAAAGGCCGAGAUUCUCCGCAUCAUGAAGCGCCGCCGCAUGAGGUUCGACGAGGCCCGCCGCGUCUACAUGGAGCAGCGGUUCGCUGCCAACGGCAUCGACGCCGACGGCCGGCCGCGCGAUCCAAAGUUUGUGAGCUUUUCGUGA